AUGGAUACAGGAAGUAUUGAUAAAACUAAUACGGACAAUGAUCUUUAUUUACCACAAACUGAUUCAUUUUGGGAAAUUGGUAAAUAUAAUCGUGUUGUAAAACGGUGUGAUGAUGGUAAUAAAUUAACAUCUGAUCUUAUUAGUAUGAUUGGUGAACGAGCUGAACUUGAAAAAACAUUUUCAAAAAUGCUUAAAAGUUGGUCAAAAAAAUGGUCGGAUUAUGUUGCAAAAUCAUCAGAAUUUGGUUCAAUGACAUCAGCUUGGAAAGCAAUAAUGGGUGAAGCUGAUGCAUCAGCUGAAGUUCAUCAAACAGUACAUGAUGAAUUACAAAAUGAAAUAAUACCAGGAAUAAAAUCAUGGCAAAAAACUAAAUAUGUUAAAUCAAUGAUGCAUAUUAAACCAACAAAAGAUUUUGAUGAAGAAUUUAAACGAGCACAAAAACCAUGGGCUAAAUUAUAUGUUAAAGUUGAUAAAUAUAAACGUGAUUAUCAUACAGCAACAAAAAAUCUUAAAAUGGCUGAAACACAAGAAAAUAAUUCUAAACUUGAUGGAUCUGUACCAUUAGAUCAACGUGCUAAAGUUGUAGAAAAACUUGAAAGAUGUCGUAAAGAAAAAGAAACUGCUAAAAGUAAAUAUAAUGAAGCUUUACAAGAACUUAAUCGAGCUAAUCCAAAAUAUAUGGAUGAUAUGAACGAUGUUUUCUCCCGGUGUCAAAUAUUUGAACGAGAUCGUCUUGUUAAAUUUCGAGAAUUUUUAGGAACAACUGAAAAAUGUCUUGAUCUAAGCCAUCGAUUACAAUCACCAAAUUUUCAACAAUUCAGUCAAACAAUUAAAAAUUGUGAUGCUGAUAAAGAUCUAUCAUGGUGGUCGGAUAUAUAUGGUGCCGGUAUGAAAAUGAAUUGGCCUACAUUUGAGGAAUAUACGGAAGCACAACGUACACUUUCUCGUCGUGCUAAAGGUGAUAUUGAAAAAGAAAAUCCAGUAGUUGUUACAGCUAUUCGAUCAAAUACUAAUACAUCAUCAGGUGUUGCACCUACUGAUAGUCGAUUAUCAACGAAUAAUGCUGCAUUCAAUGAAGAGACUGAUUCAGCAUCGGCUUCACCCUAUUUGGGUAGUUAUCAUCAACCGGUUUCAGCUCCAGCUGAUGUAUCACCGAGUUGGUUAACUAAUUCUUGGACAAAUGAUUAUGGAACAGGAACAAGUAAUGGUAGUCAUUCAUCGUUACCAACAUAUCAAACAAAUAGUAUUUCAUCAUAUCAAUCAUCAUAUCCACCACCAGCUAAUCCAUUUUAUGAAGAUGAUGAUAUGAAUAAUGGUGAUUCAUUAUCAUCAUCUCAUCAACCUUCACAUCAAUCACCAACAUCAACAGGUGGUUCAUCACUUGAUAGUAGUGCCGGUGUACCUGUACGAGCUCUUUAUGAUUAUGAAGCACAAGAAGAAGAUGAACUAUCAUUUAAACAAGGUGAUAUAUUUACAAAAUUAGAAGAUGAAGAUGAUCAAGGUUGGUGUAAAGGACGUGUUGGAAAUCGAAUAGGCCUUUAUCCGGCUACUUAUGUUGAAGCUCUGUAA